AGCGAGCUCCUCCCCCUCCUGUGGGUGUAGCCCUGGUGCAGGAGGUGAUUGGUCCGUGUGACAUUGAUUGGCUUCUACAUCUGUGCAGCCAGGAGAGCGGGGAUUGGCGGUUAUGGGAUAUGACGUCAGGGGACAGGCUGCUUAGCCACCCAUAAUAAAAUACCAGGAAUAGGGAGGACAAAAAAUAGGAGGCUGACCGGUCAGGGCUCAUAAAGGGGUAUCGGCUCCCCAACAAGGGGCAAAAGACGUGCAGACACCCUCCCGGAACACAUUAACACGGACCAGCCUGGCACGGAUUGGCAGUGGUGGCAGCGUUGGACUAAGAGAUAGUAGAGGGGUAGGAGAGGAGAUUUUACGGUCAGAUCGGAGAUCAAAGAUCUGUGCUUGCCUUCCAUUGCCGAACUAGAAGGACCCUGGUUCCCCAGACAUGUUUCCUCUGGACUCUUCCUGGAAUAUCUCUUUCGCCGGCUGCGGCUUCCUGGGGAUCUAUCACAUUGGGGUUGCCAGCUGUCUGAAGGAACACGCACCUUUCCUGGUGGAAAAUGCUAGAAACAUAUACGGAGCCUCUGCUGGUGCGCUGACGGCCACUGCUCUGGUCAGCGGAGCCUGCCUGGGUGAAGCUGGUGCAAACAUCAUCGAUGUAUCCAAGGAGGCCAGGAAGCGGUUCCUGGGGCCCCUUCACCCUUCCUUUAAUCUGGUUAAAAUAAUCCGGCAGUGUCUUUAUAAAACUCUUCCGGACGACGCACAUGAACAUGCCACGGGCCGGCUCGGAAUAUCCUUAACUCGUGUAUCGGAUGGCGAGAAUGUUCUGCUGUCAACGUUCAACACCAAGGAAGAGCUUAUACAGGCUUGUGUCUGCAGUACGUUUAUCCCUGUAUAUUGUGGGCUCAUCCCUCCGUGCCUCCAAGGCGUAAGGUACGUGGAUGGGGGUAUUUCAGACAAUCUUCCUCAGUAUGAACUUAAAAACACCAUCACAGUGUCCCCUUUUUCAGGGGAGAGUGACAUUUGUCCCAGGGACGGCUGCACAAAUAUCCACGAACUCCGGGUCACCAACACGAGCAUACAGUUUAACCUGAGUAAUUUGUACCGGCUGUCAAAGGCGUUAUUCCCACCGGAGCCUCAGGUCUUAAAAGACAUGUGUAAGCAGGGAUACAGAGAUGCUCUACAUUUCUUAAAGAGGAAUGGGCUUCUAAACAGACCACAACCUAUGAGAAGUCUGGCGAUACUUCCUCCUGAAAAUCCAUCCAAUCAGAAUGAGGAUGAGAGUGAAGACGAGAGGCAACCUACAGAAAGUUCCUCUCUGGAGGCAGCCGAGGAUCAUAUAUUUGAACAUUUACCACAGAGACUUAACCAGGCACUCCUGGAGGCCUGCAAAGAGAAGCGCAGCGUCUAUCUGUCUAUAUCUAACCUCUUACCGGUGCGUUUGGUAUCUGCUGUGAUGCUUCCCUACACUCUGCCUCUGGAAUCCGCCGUAUCGUUUACGGUCAGACUUUUGGAGUGGCUUCCUGAUGUUCCUGAGGAUAUCCGCUGGAUUAAGGAUCAGACGCGGAAAGUGUGUCGCUUUGUUUUAAGGAAGGCUACCAAUAAACUGGGAAACCACAUAUCUGCAAGGCUUUAUUACCAUCUGGAGCUGAGGAGAGCACAGAGUCUGCCGGUUCCAUUGGUUUUUGGAGCCAGCGAGUCUUUACCAAGAUGGGUAAAGACAAGCAGCUCCCUGAUGGACGUGAUGCAAAAAUGGGAGGAAUACCAAAGACAGCUGAUGCCUGGACUCUUCUGUAUUAACGUUAACAUGAAGGCUUCACUGUAUCAUCACGAGGAACCUGAACACCCUGAAAUACCCAUGGACCCUAACAGCCUGCUAAUGGUGGAAUUGGCCUAAAACUGUCAUGAAAACUAGCUGAAUAUUGCAACAGUGGAGGCCCAACAAAGACCUAGCAGUGGCUGCAUUGAAGAGGUGGUUGAAGUAAACCUUUACUGAAAAAAAGCCAAAUGGCAUAAACGGGUCCAUGACCAUUAUCGGGCACGUUCGUGGUGAAAGUGGUCAUGUUUGAGUGAGUCUUCUGAGGGCUUAAUGUCAUAAACCCUUGUCACCUCAGUCUGAUAAAGGCCUAGUGGAUUUAAUGGAGCCAUUUUUCUGUGGUCUAAAUGUAUCUGAAGGACCUUUGCGAGCAAUGCAUUAGUCUAGCGAAACCAUUCUAAGAAAAAUUCUGAGGCCUUGUGGGACCAGGUCAACAUCUUCAUAAUUGAUGCGCUGAAAAAGGAGCGGGUGUCUUUUGUUUCAAACAUCAAGUAGUUGUUGCUUCAAUCUAUCAGUUGCUUGGACCCUGGGUCGGAAUAAAGCAAAGGCAAUGCAGGACUAAUAUAUAUUAUAAUAUUGGCUUGGGGUUAAUAGGAAUAAUUAGAAUCCAAAGCUUUCAAGACCUAUCAUACUUUGAUUCUGUGCAAUAAUAUAUCCUUAACACAGCCACUGCCAAAAUAGCUGUCACACACCCUUUAUUUUUAUACCUACUCCACCGAAGCCUGAAUUCUGUCUUUAUGAGAUAGAAUUGAAGCAAAAUUGUAUUACUUGUAAAGUAUACAUAUAAAUAUGUAUUAAUUUAUUCCUUUAUAUUUCAUUAAUAUUGUUUCUAUCUUUUUUCCUUUAACAAAUGCAAACGCUAAUUUAAAGCAUAAUUUUUGAUUUUAGUUACAUUAUUAAAACAAAUCUUAAAUGAUGGCAAUGAUAUAAGAAUGUAUCAUGUAGUGUGAUAUUCAGAAGCUGUUGUGUUGUGCUACUAAAAAUGUGUAAUGGUGUUUAUCGCUUUACAGAUAUUUUACCAAUCCAUGGAGGCUAGAUCCAGAGUAUAGUAUAGCAAUUAUGCUAUAACUUACAAAUGAGCAUUUUUCUACAUGGUAGAAUGUUUUUAAAGUUCAAUAAUAUGUACACGGAUCUCCAUACAUUUCAAACUGUAUAUGCUAUUCUUAAAAUAGCUUGGAAUAUAUGUCUUCGUUUAAGGGAUAGUGGUGAUGUUUUAAAAAACUUCUUAGACACCUUACCUGAGGCAUAUAAACCCCAGGAGCCAGAUAGCCAUGGCUCAAAAAAAAUGUAUUUUAUGGAGUCCAGUAUUGUGUCCUAUAUAUGUAAUGAUCUCUAUAGGGAUCAUGUGACUCCCAAAAAAACAGUUCUAUGUAAUGUAAACUUUAAUGUAAACAAGCCGGGCAUAACUGCAUUUCUUAUGCACCAUUAUAAUUUUAUUAAAGUACAAAUUUCUAAUAUAACCUAUAUUUUAGCUAUAUGUUGAAACAGAUAGGAGAAUUUCUGUCUAAUCGUUCAGUGGAGUCGUUAAGUUUAUUCCCACAUAAAAAAAAAUAAUAAUAAUUAAUGCCAGUUGUAUAACUAUUGUUUUUUGGCAUGAUUUUUAUUAGAAAUGAAUGGUUUAACAAAAA